AAACAGAGGUGGAAUAACAGUUAUACCCUUUUAGUUUGUUUUUGUUUACACAGAUGAAGAUUGAAAUUACGAUUAUACCGUUCAAUGUUUCUUCUUCACCGACUUGAAAGCUAUGACCUUUCCGAUCACCGGCGUUAGUUAUGAGCCUCCUCUCCGCGGACGCACUUGGGUUACUUCUCAAGAAUGCAAUCUCCGCGAGUUCCAUGCGUUUGGGUCGCGUCGUUCACGCAAGAAUCGUCAAAACCCUCGAUUCACCACCACCUCCGUUUCUCGCGAACUAUCUCAUCAACAUGUACUCAAAACUCGACCAUCCGGAAUCAGCCCGACUCGUUCUCCGACUCACUCCUGCACGAAACGUCGUCUCUUGGACUUCACUUAUCUCCGGACUUGCUCAGAACGGUCAUUUCUCCACCGCUUUGGUUGAAUUCUUCGAGAUGCGACGAGAAGGUGUUGUUCCAAAUGACUUCACUUUCCCUUGUGCUUUUAAAGCUGUGGCUUCUCUGCGUUUACCCGUUACUGGGAAGCAGAUUCAUGCGCUUGCUGUGAAGUGUGGUAGGAUACUUGAUGUGUUUGUUGGGUGUAGUGCUUUUGAUAUGUAUUGCAAAACUAGGCUUAGAGAUGAUGCACGGAAGUUGUUCGAUGAAAUUCCUGAGAGGAACCUUGAAACUUGGAAUGCUUUUAUAUCUAACUCUGUGACUGAUGGAAGGCCUAGGGAAGCUAUUGAAGCGUUUAUUGAGUUUAGAAGGAUUGAUGGGCACCCGAAUUCGAUAACUUUUUGUGCUUUCCUUAAUGCUUGUUCGGAUUGGUUACACUUGAAUCUAGGAAUGCAGUUACACGGGCUUGUGUUACGAAGUGGGUUUGAUACAGACGUCUCUGUUUGCAAUGGGUUGAUUGAUUUCUAUGGAAAGUGUAAGCAGAUACGUAGCAGUGAGAUUAUCUUUACUGAAAUGGGAACUAAAAAUGCUGUUUCUUGGUGUUCAUUGGUUGCUGCAUAUGUGCAGAAUCAUGAGGAUGAGAAGGCGUCUGUAUUAUAUUUACGCUCAAGGAAGGAUAUUGUUGAGACCUCUGAUUUUAUGAUAUCAAGUGUUCUGAGUGCGUGUGCUGGUAUGGCUGGUCUUGAGUUGGGAAGAUCGAUACAUGCUCACGCUGUGAAGGCGUGUGUUGAAAGGACUAUAUUUGUUGGAAGUGCCCUCGUUGACAUGUAUGGAAAAUGUGGAUGUAUAGAAGAUUCAGAACAAGCGUUUGAUGAGAUGCCUGAGAAGAACUUAGUGACUCGGAAUUCAUUGAUCGGAGGAUAUGCUCAUCAGGGUCAGGUUGAUAUGGCAUUGGCUUUAUUUGAAGAAAUGGCACCACGUGGAUGUGGUCCAACUCCAAAUUAUAUGACUUUUGUGUCCUUGCUUUCCGCUUGUAGUAGAGCAGGGGCUGUGGAAAAUGGUAUGAAGAUAUUUGAUUCGAUGAGGAGUACUUAUGGCAUUGAGCCAGGGGCUGAGCAUUAUUCAUGCAUCGUGGACAUGCUAGGGCGAGCGGGAAUGGUAGAACGGGCUUAUGAAUUCAUAAAGAAAAUGCCAAUUCAACCGACAAUUUCGGUUUGGGGUGCUCUUCAGAAUGCUUGUAGGAUGCAUGGUAAGCCACAGCUGGGAUUACUAGCAGCUGAGAACCUUUUCAAACUCGACCCUAAGGAUUCAGGCAACCACGUUCUGCUUUCCAAUACGUUUGCAGCGGCUGGGAGGUGGGCGGAAGCCAACACCGUAAGAGAGGAGCUGAAAGGCGUAGGGAUCAAGAAAGGAGCCGGAUACAGUUGGAUCACAGUGAAGAACCAAGUCCAUGCCUUUCAAGCCAAGGACAGAUCCCACAUACUGAACAAAGAAAUUCAAACAACGCUGGCCAAGCUAAGGAACGAAAUGGAAGCUGCAGGGUACAAACCCGACCUGAAACUCUCGCUUUACGAUCUGGAGGAAGAAGAAAAAGCAGCAGAAGUCUCGCACCACAGUGAGAAACUGGCUCUAGCAUUUGGAUUGUUAUCUUUACCACUCAGUGUCCCAAUCAGAAUCACCAAGAACCUUAGAAUCUGCGGAGAUUGCCACAGCUUCUUCAAGUUUGUCUCUGGGAGUGUUAAACGAGAGAUCAUUGUGAGAGACAAUAACCGGUUUCAUCGGUUUAAAGAUGGGAUAUGUUCUUGUAAGGAUUAUUGGUAAUCUUUAUUAGUUUAGGCUUAACAUUUAUUUAUAUCUUUGUACUAUAAACUUAGUCGAUUAUGAUCAAAAUCUUCUAAUUUCAAGA